AUGCGCCAUACACUUGGGAAAAUCGUAAGUCAUUGACAGACCGACAACCUCUGGCUGGCUCCAUUUCACCCCCUACUUCUUGUCUCGCCACAGAUGAAUUCAAAUCCAUUCUCUCCCCAAGCCCGUGUGCUGCAGGCUUCCCUGGAGCGGUGAGCGUGUGGAAGAAAAGAAGUUGUUGCUUCCCUUGGGUAAAGACCUCGUUUGUGUGUGUGUGGCUAUGUCUGUGGAAUGGACUACUCUUUUAUCAGCGCAGACGAGAGCAAAUGAAAUAAAACAACACUGGCCCAACGGGACUUCAUAGAUGACACGCUGGAGAAGCUGGAAAAAGACACUGGCAGGCCUCCCCACGGAGGCCACCAUGUGACAUCCAUCUUCCUGCCCUUAAGGAGGCUGCCAGGGUGAGUACAACGCAGAGUCUACUAGCGUGUGAUCGGCCCCGCACCUGUCUGUUGCAGAUCUACCGACAGCUCCUGCAGCGAUGCGUGCAUCUCAAACUCAUCCACCAAGGGUGAGACACGUAAGCAUUGAAUCUCGGGAGGUCAUAUGAUGUGUGUGUGUGUGUGUGCGUGUGUGUGUAUGUGUCUCAGUGCCACACCGCAGAGCUGCCUGGCAGCCCCAGAAGGUCCCGUCCCAAGGCUAUGGAAGGCUACACUUGCCGCCGGUGAGACCACACAUCCUGCAACUUAUGCACAUCAUGAUUGCAUGCCUCACGGCGGUGUCUUGUCGCCUGCAGCUUACAGACGGGCCUUCAUCGAGGAGUCGCUGCUAGAGGGGACGUGGAACUGCUCGAUUGGCGAAGGUACGGCAGUCGACUGAUACAAAUAUGUAUCUCUCGUGCUUCUAGCUGCAGGGCUGCCCGUCAGAAUACACAAGCAAUCGAGUGCUUCCCUUCUAGCCAGCGGCUUCAUGGAAACCAGAAUGAAGGAGCCUGCAGUGUUUUUGUCUGCGCGGUAAGCAUAACGAGUCAGCGAAGGCAAUCCUUAAAGCCCACAGCCCAUUUGCAUGCCGCGUCGCACAAUCAAGAGUGAACCAAUCUGUUGGCUGUGUUUCAGACGACCAUCAGCAGGGAAGGGUUUACCCAUGACCGCUGAGUAAGCCACUUCAAUCGAUUGCAAUGCCUUCUCAAGCAAUAAGACCUUCCCUUUCAUUGUCAGUGACUGGGGGCUACUUGAAGACCUCACAACUGCCUUGUGUCGCGAGGGGGGGUGGCUCAUCAAUCGAGCUGUCACUGAUGAUGCCAAGACAGCUCGAGGGCUGCCCCUGAACUCGCCGCACUCGCUGUUGCUGGGGUCUUCCAUCAGGGGGCGGGAGACAUGAUAUUCAAGGCAGAGUUUGACGACCAGCGCGCCUCCCGCCUCCUUGCCAUGAGGCAAAAAAUAUCAGAAAUUGUAAGUGGUGAACAGACAACUACUCUCACCUGCUACACCUCAUGUGUUGACGUUGAUUUCAUUCAGAUGAAAGUAUGCCCAUUUGCGCCGACAACCCCUGUCGUGAAUGCUCCUCUGCGAGGGUAGGCACAGACAAAUGUCUUCUUAAUCCCUUACUUACUCUGCGUAUGCCAGCAGCUUUGUUUGUGCCGCCUCCUACAAGUUUCAGAAAUUGAAGGAAAUGCACUCAUUAGUGCAAACCGAAGACCAUCGGGAGGCGGCACAGACAACAUUUGAAGCCUUAAAGGGGGAGCUGGAGAAAAUGAAACAGAAUAGGAUGGGGAGACAGCUAUCACAGCGGCAGACAAGGGAUGAAGCUUUCUUGAAGGCACAUUUGAGGGAUUCCGUGGAGUCAGCGACAUUCUUCGGCUAUUCAAAUUGGAGCGACAGCCAGGUCGACGGCUGCUUCGAAGAAUUACCGUGAGUGAAGACAAAUGACUGUAACGAAUAGAUGUCUAUGGCUUUGUCAUGGCUGUUUUACAGGAUGCCGCCCCGAAUGUGUUCAGGAACAGCAGCGAAGGCGGGAGCUGUUUUUUCAUCAUCGCUGCCUACAUCUUAUAUUCGUCCGUUUCAUCUUUUCUCGUUGCCAUGUCUCUGUGAGGCUUGCGCGCGCCUCUUACACAUCGCUGCCUACAUCUUUAUAUCUUGUGGUGUUGCUUUUCGAUGACGGAUUCG